AUGACCAUGUUUAAUGUUAUUGAAUUUCUGCUGCGCCGUGUACAUGCAGACGAGCAAGAGGUACUUCCUCAUAAUUUUCCCGUGUUGUCUAACUUAACCCACUUAGUCCAAUUGAAUUUUUCUUACAUUAGGUCACUUGAUACUCUUGGCUUGGACAAAAACAAAAAUGGCUCCGGGGUGUCGCAGUUUGUGCUUCUGGGCCUGUCAUCUUCCUGGGAGCUCCAGUUAUUUCUCUUCUCGACAUUCUUGUUGGUGUACGUGGUUAUUGUCCUGGGAAACCUUUUGAUAGUGCUGGUCGUCCAGACUGAUGCUCGCCUGCUCCAGUCACCCAUGUACUAUUUUCUACACCAUCUGUCUUUCAUCGACCUCUGUUUGAGCUGUGUCGCUGUGCCCAAAAUGCUAGGAGAUUUCCUACGGAGGGAGAAGGUAAUACCUUUUUCAGGAUGCCUGGCCCAGCUAUUCUUCCUUCACUUCCUGGGAGCCUGUGAAAUGUUCCUGCUGACUGUUAUGGCCUAUGACAGGUAUGUUGCCAUCUGCAACCCUUUGCACUACCUCAGAGUCAUGAAUAGCCACCUGCGUCUUCGGUUGGUGUUUGGCUGCUGGUGUGGAGGUUUCAUUCACUCCAUCACGCAGGUCGUGAUUGUCAUCCGGCUGCCUUUCUGUGGCCCCAAUGAACUGGACAACUUCUACUGUGAUGUCCCACAGGUCGUCAAGCUGGCCUGCAUGGACACUUACUUGGUUGAGGUGCUGAUGGUCUCUAACAGUGGCAUAUUGUCUCUCGCCUGCUUCUUGGUCCUGCUCUUGUCCUAUGCGCUCAUUUUGAUCACUCUGAGAACUCACCUCCACCGGGGCCAGAGCAAAGCACUGUCCACCUGUGCCUCUCACCUCACGGUGGUCAGCCUGAUCUUCGUACCCUGUGUGUUCAUUUACUUGCGGCCUUUCUGCACCUUCUCUGUGGAUAAAGUAGUCUCUGUGUUCUACACAGUGAUCACGCCGAUGCUGAACCCCCUCAUAUAUACGCUCAGAAAUGCAGACAUGAAGAGAGCUAUAGGAAAGCUGAGAAAGAAGCAGGUAGCAUCCCACUGCUUUGGUAAAAGAUGA